AUGGAGGGUGCUGGAUUAAGAUGGAGGGCCACCACAAUUGCGUUGCUGCGUUUCCUGCCCUUGACCCUUCUUAUCCCAGGAGCUCCUGGCUUGCAGUGUCACAGCUAUACCUCCAUUCAGCCUGUUUCCAGAGAUAAAAUCAGCAGUGAAUUCUCUGUGACAUCCAAUAUUGUCAACAACUGCUCCACCAGCCAGACUGCUUGUGUGGAAGCGCAUCUUAUGAUCUGGACAAAAAACAAGGCUAUGUUAGUUACUCACAGAGGCUGCACCAGUGAGAGCCUUAAAGACCAGGCAGGGUGCACCACCUCUGACCAUCAGCCCUUCAUUCAUUCCAAUGUGUGCUAUUGUCAGAGUGACCUUUGCAAUGAGGUGCUCACAGACCCUAAUGUCUUCAAGAUGCCUGGAGAGGAGAAAGCUUCUAAAGCAAGCAGCUCCAACCAAUGCUACUCUGGUUUCUCGAUGGACUCCGACCAAGACAUCCUAGACAGAGUGACGUGCGGAAGGGACUACUCCCAGUGCUACCAUGGCAACGGCACCAUAACAGCAGGAAACCUCUCUGUGGAUUUCCUCAUCAAGACCUGCCAGCAACCGUCCUGCAAUGUGCCCGAGCGGCAGUCCUUUGGCCCCAUAGAGUUGUGGCUGUGGGGCUCCUGUUGUCAUAGCGAUUUCUGCAAUGGGAAGGCAGCUACCCCCAGGAUGCAGAAAAACAGCUCAACAGUGCCCCCCUGGAAUAUUGGCAGACCUUAUGAUGAAAACACCGACAUCCCUCACAGUAUGGAUUUCUCCAAAUACGGCGUUGUGAAUGACACCAAAAACACAUUUUCGGAGGGUGAAGAGGUUACCGUCACACCUUCCAGCUACUGGGAUAUCAACAGGAAAACAACGACUGCCCAGAACCCAUUGUAUGACGAUGAGGAAACGGAUGAUGACUCUUCAUGGGAUAGUGGCCUGGAUUACCCGCUAAAUCCAAGAACGUGGAAUUUGGGUUCCCCAAAGCCCAUCCUUCCAUUUUACCUCUUGCUCAUAGCCCUGGGGUUUGCCAUCCUUGGGAUGUGGUGAGCCACAAUGGGGUUUGGGGGCACCUUGAGUGUUCAGGGACGUGUUGCAGAGCAGAAAGGCAGAUGAAGUCGGUCUUCAAAACUUCCCCCCUUCCCCUCAGCCUGCUUUAGUUGGUUUCUUGGUAUUGUAUCCAGAUAACCAGGCAUUAACAAUCAGGAGGCAGCCCAGUUUUAACCUGAUGCAGCAUUUAAUAAAGAG